AUGACCGACACGGCUGCACGCACGACGACCUCGCUCCUCAGCUUCCCGCCCGAGGUCCUCGUCAUCAUCCUCGGCCACCUCGACUUUGGCUCGCUCGCCCGGUUCCUCGUCGUGUCGCGCACCUGCCACGCCCUGUUCAAAGCCCACCCGCACCACAUCUCGCGCGCCAUCUCGAUCCACCAGGGGCUCGCCGACCCGAGGACCAGCUCGGCCGCUGCAGCCCUCGACCACCGCUCGACCUUCCCCACCCGCACCCUCGACGACCACCUCGACCCGCGAGAACUCGCCAGGGUCGUCCACUCGCAGCGCUGGAUCGGCAUCACCUCGAUCCCGACCUGGCUCGACUACGCCAAACGCGCCCACGUCAUCCACCGCAACUGGCGCACCGGCACCGCCACCUCGCGCCUCGUCACCCUCGACUGGGCCGCGCGGCCCGCCGUCGCCGGCGCGCUCGGCGCCCCCUUCUGGCGCUUCAAGGUCGACGUCGAUGCCGCCUACCUCGUCGUGUCGGGCCUCGACGGCGGCUACCUCGCCUUCCGCGCCCAGGACGGCCAACUCGCGUGGUGGUCCCUUUUGCCGCGCGGCCCGUACCCGCACGUCGAGCUCAGCGAGGGCUUCCUCGUCCAGCAGCUGUCAAGCAGGACCUACCUCGCGUCGUGCCGCACCGACCUCCUCCCCGCCGACCACCUCGUCGACGACGCCUUCUCGUCCACCGCCGUCCCGCGCGACGGUUCCACGCCCGCGCUCGGCUACGUGCCCUCGCACGCCGUCACGACCUCGUUCCCUUGCUUCGCGUCCAAGCUCCGCGUCCCGAAACUCGUCGCCACCUCGGCCGACGGCCAGCAGCUGCACGUGUGGGACCUCGUCGCGCGCACGAUCGACACGCUCGACGUGCCCGCGUUCGCCGCCGACGUGUCGAACGACGCGAGGGCGUACUAUGUCGAGCUCGACGACGAGUGCGUGUAUGUCGCUGGGCAGCACGCCGUCCUGGUCGUGCGGCCGCCGGGGUGGGGCGGCCGCGGCGGCGGCGAGGGGGAGCGGGAGCGGGACGACGACGAGCCCGAGUACCGCACCUGGCCACCGCGUGCGCCGGCCUCGCUGAGCGCGCACACGGCCCCGGGCGGCGGCGCGUGGUACGCGUUUGGGUGCGACGGCGUCGGGUGGGAGGCGGUGCACCAUGCCGGUCGGCACCUCGUCGCGAUCGGGCGCAGGGCGGGUGACACGGACGAGGCCAAACUCGUGUGGACGUGCGACAAGAGGGCGGUGUGGAACGACGAGGGCGAGGACGAGGAGGACGAGGUCGAGAGGAAGACGGUCGUGCUCGUCAUUGAGGGCGCCGACCCGGUGCAGCUCGCCGUCGAGAACGACCGCGCCGUGUUUGUCACGCACGACGACGAGCUCGGCGCCGCACUGUGGCUCAUCAACCUGCGCGCCUUUGUCGACUGGGAAGACUUUGCGGCGGACCCGCCGCAGCCUAUCUGCCUCGCGUACCCGCUCCCGACGCUCGGCCCGCCCUCGCGCGUCGAGAUGACGUCGACCGAGAUCUUUGUCCCGACCGUCGCCGCGUUUUUCCCGCCGUCGACCACCUCGCCGCUCGAGCCCGCUCCCGAGCCCUCGUCCUCCGACCACGACCACGACCACGACCACGACCCGACCGCCGCCGAGCCCGCCGCCGCCCCGCCGACCUCGCGCCUCGCGCGCGCCUUCACCGCCAUGCAGCGCGCCGUCCCGCCCGGCCGCACCCCACUCUCGUUCCACUGGGAGCCCCUCUCGCGCACGUCGCGCACGCCGCCCGUCGGCCCGCCCUCGCUCCUCCUCGACGAGGACGUGCGCGUGCCGGGCGGGAGCUUUGCGCGGCUCGAGCGCGAGGACGACGACCUGGUUGGGCGGCUCAGGGAGGCGUGGGAGGGCGUGCAGCAAGCGGCGCGGGAGGACGGGAUCGAGGGCCAUGGGGGAAGUGACGCGUUCGCUGUGUGGGACUUUGCGCCAAAGGGGUGAGCGUCGAGGAGGAGGGGGAGGAGCAGGGGGCCAGGCGGAGGAGCAGCCGCGAGAGGGGGGGGGAGCUGUAUCGCUUGAGGGGUUCGACACGUC